AUGACCCCACUAACCUGGAUGACUCCACUAAUCCGGAUGAUCUCACUAAUUCGAAUAACUCCACUAACCCGGAUGACUUUACUAACCCAGAUGCCACUGCUAACCUGGAUGCCACUGCUAACUCGAAUGCUACUGCUAACCCAGAUGCCACUGCUAACCCAGAUGCUAUUGCUAACCAGGAUGCUCCUGCUAACCAGGAUGCUCCUACUAACCAGGAUGCCACUGCUAACCAGGAUGCAUCUACUAACCAGGAUGCCACUGCUAACUAG